ACAGCCAAUGAGACCUUAACGAGUAACAAUUAAUAUAGGGAAAAAGAAUAACAAGGAUGGAGAAAAUUAUGGAAACAUAAAUUCCUAAAUAAGGGAGAUCAUAAAUAAUAAGCUAUUCGUUUCAUCUUCUUUCUCCUCGAUUUCCUGGAGACAUUUAAAAGAUUCUUGAUAUAUAGAAUACAUAAACCCUUUUCUAGAGAUUGAAACGUAACCAAACAAUCCAAACAAAAAGAGGGAGAGAGGAUAAUGCUUUGUAGCCCAACGCCGACGUUUCAUGAUCGCCGGCGUCUUCUUCUUAUAGGCGUUGCGAUCCUGGUCUCUUCCUGUUUGGUUUCUUUCUCUCAUGGAGUUUCUUCUUCUUGUCAUCAUCAUCCCUCCUCAACCUCAUUUCAAGGAUUGAUGAGGAGGCAAAUUCUGGAAGGAGCAAAUGGGACAUUGGUGCUAGCGGCGGAGAGGACACGGCGGCCUGAUCCUCUCAACAAUUUCAAUAUAUAUACCGAUGGUUGGAACGUUACCAAUUCUCAUUACAUCGCCUCUGUUGGAUUUUCCGCUGUUCCGUUCAUAGUAAUAGCAAUCGUGUGGUUCGUGUUUCUCGGACUCUUCCUCAUCUGCUCAUGCCUCUGUUGCUGUUGCUGCGGUUGCGGCCGCCGGCACUACGGUUACUCUCGCGUCUGCUACACUCUUUCUCUCAUCUUCCUCCUCCUCUUCACCGUCGCCGCCGUGAUUGGGUCUACGAUGUUGUACACAGGGCAAAAGGAGUUUUACGGUAGCGUGGAGAAGACGUUUAUGUACAUUGUGAACCAAGCAACUAAAGUUUUGGGUAAGCUAACGAGCUUGUGGGACUCUAUUCAAUCUGCUAAAGACAUUCAGCUCGAUGGACACAACCUCUUUCCUCCUCAGUUUAGAGGUAACAUUGAUCAUUUCAACAACAUGAUCAAGAUGUCUAACAUCACUUACCCUGACCGUGUCGCUAACCAGACAAUCGGUUAUCUCACCGGAGUACUAAACCCUGUGAGAUUAGUGUUAAACGUGAUUGCUGGUGUUAUGCUCGCAAUCGCAUUCCUUGGACUCUUGUUUUCCUUCUGUGGACUAAGAGUUCUUGUCUACCUGUUAGUAAUCUUGGGUUGGAUUCUCGUCACAGCAACGAUCCUCCUAAGCGCAGUCUUCCUCGUCUUCCACAAUGUGGUUGCCGACACAUGCACGGCUAUGGACCAAUGGGUGCAUGAUCCAGCGGCAGAGUCGGCCUUGAGCCAGCUUCUUCCAUGUUUAGACGCUAAAACCAUUGGAGAUACAUUGGAUAUUACCAAGACGAUGACUUCUACGGCCGUUGACAUGACCAAUGCCUACACUGUCAAUGUCAGUAACCAUGAGUUCCCACCUAACGUCCCUUUCUACCAUAACCAGUCUGGUCCGCUCGUUCCUUUGCUCUGUAACCCGCUCGAUGAACAUCGUAAUCCACGUCCUUGUGCUCCUAACGAAAUCCUCCUCGCUAAUGCUUCUCAGAUAUACAAAGGCUUUGUGUGCCAAGUGAACGCAGAAGGGAUCUGCAUUACACAGGGAAGGUUAACUCAAGCUUCAUACGACCAGAUGAUGGGUGCGAUCAACGUGGCGUUCACGUUAGACCAUUACAGCCCGUUCUUGGCUAGUAUUGCUGAUUGCUCCUUCGUUCGAGACACCUUCAGAGACAUAACCACCAAGAACUGCCCUGGACUCACCAUCACCAGCCAGUGGAUCUACGCAGGACUCGCGUCACUCUCUGGUGCAGUCAUGUUCUCGCUCAUCUUUUGGAUGAUUUUCGUUAGAGAAAGACGUCACCGGUCUCACACCAAGAAGUCUAUGGUCCAGAUGAAUAAGAUUUAAUCAUCGCAAACAGGACCAUUCAUUGAAUGAGUGAGAGGAUAAAUGUUAUUUAAGUUUUUUUUGUUGUUUUUGGUUAAAAACAUUAAUGAUUUGUUAUAAAAAAGAAACAGUUUAGAAACGAAUUCGUGUAAUCUCUUCUUAUAUACUCAAUAUUAAUCAGUUGUUCUUGUAGAAUCCAGGAACAUUUGUGUAAUAAA